AUGGGAAUGGAACGGAACCGGAGAGAGCGAUCGGUAUGGACGGGAACGGGAACGGAACGGGAUGGGAGAGAACAGAGCGACCGGAACGGAUGGGAACGGAACGGGACGGAGCGAUCGUUAAGGAACGGAACGGAACGGAACGGAACGGGACGGGACGGGACGGGACGGGAACGGGAACGGAACGGGAGAGAACAGAGCGAUCCGUACGGAACGGGACAGAGCGAUCGGUACCCAAACGUUUUCUGGGGGGGUCUGGCUGGGAUUUGGGACCCCUCUGUCCCCGCAGUGGUGGAGCUGUGCCUGAGCCACAGGCUGGACCCGGUGGCCUUGGCCAACGAGCUGCUGGCCUUCGUCACCAGCAAAGACCUGGACCUGCAGCUCACCCCCGAGGGCCUGGACGCCUUCGAGCACGAGGUGCUGGCCAAGCGCGGCAGCCGCGGCCGGCGCGGGCGGGACGAGCGCCGCGGGCUCCUCCACGACAUCCACUCGCUCCAGGAGCUCCUCGACGAGGAGCAGGAGGACGAGCUGCUGGACGCCUACACCACCCCGUCCAAGGGCUCCCAGAAACGCAGCAACUCCACCCCGGAGACGCCGCGGCCCAAGCGAGCGGCGCCGUCCCGCAGCCCCUACGGGCUCUUCUCCCCCAGCAGCUUCUCCCCGAGUGUCACCCCCUCCCAGAAAUACUCGUCCCGUGGGGGCCGGGGCGAGGUCGUGGCCUCGCUCGGCUCCGGCCAGGGCCUGGCCUGGCGCGGCCGCGGCGGCUGCGGCGUCACCAUCUUCGGCCACCCCGAGCAGAGCCUCAGCAAACCCUACAAGAGCAUGUUCCAGAAGGCGCUGGACGUGCGGGAAGCGCUGGCCGGGCGGGUGGAGGAGCUCGGGGAGGUCCUGCAGAGGCACCACGGCCUGGACAGCUUCAGCUCCGCUGUGCUCCCGGCUCAGGAGCCGGUGACGGUGCUGGGGCAGAUCGGCUGUGACGGGAACGGGAAGCUCAACACCAAAUCCGUGCUGCUGGUGGGGGACCGGGAGCACUCGGGGGGAGCCGAGGUCCCUCUGGACCUCUCGGAGCUUCUGGAAUAUUCCCUGUUCCCGGGACAGGUGGUGGCCCUGGAAGGCACCAACAGCACGGGCAGGAGGAUGGUGGUGACCAAGCUCUACGAGGGGGUCCCUCUGCCCUUCCACACCCCCACGGAGCCGAUGGCAGAGCAGAGGAUGGUGCUGGUGGCCUGUGGCCCCUUCACGCCCUCGGACAGCAUCACCUUCGAGCCCCUCAGUGACCUCCUGGAGGUUGUGGCCCGUGACCGCCCCGACGUUUGUAUCCUGUUUGGGCCGUUCCUGGACGCCAAGCACGAGCAGGUGGAGAGCUGCCAGCUCCUGAGCCCCUUCUCCGACGUGUUCCGCCUCUGCCUCGGGACCAUCAUCGAGGGCACCAGGAGUGCUGGCUCCCAGCUGGUGCUGGUGCCCUCGCUCCGGGACGUGUCCCACGACUUCGUGUAUCCGCAGCCGCCCUUCUCCUUCCCCAACCUGCCCAAGGAGGACAAAGCGCGCGUGCUCCUGGUGCCCGAGCCCUGCACCCUGGACAUCGACGGCGUCAUCUUCGGCCUCACCUCCACCGACCUCCUCUUCCACAUGGGGGCUGAGGAGAUCAGCAGCUCCUCCGGCGUCUCCGACCGCUUCACGCGGAUCCUGCGGCACAUCCUGACCCAGCGCAGUUUCUACCCCCUGUACCCGCCCUCCGAGGAGCUCAACGUGGACUUCGAGGCGCUGGCGGCGUUCGCGGCGCUGCCGGUGACCCCCGACGUCCUGGUGACGCCGUCCGAGCUGCGCUUCUUCGUCAAGUUAAAACUGCUGGAAUUCCGGUUUAAAAGCCCCAGAACCGUUUGGCACGUGGAGGAUUUCCCCAGGAGGAUUCAGGAUUCACCUCCAGUAAAACAGAAUUUGGGAAGCGGAAUCCGGGCGUGGGAUCCUCCCUGUCCUGGCGUCACCCUUUGCCUUCGGUGACCUCAUUAGGGAACUUGGAGUUUAAUUAGUCCAGAACCAAUUAAUUGUGGAAUCCUGGCGCUGCUUCCUGCUGCUUCCCAGGAAAAAACAGCUGCGGGUCUGGCUUUGACCCUUUUCCCAAAAUUUUUGCCCCAAAUAGAUGAUGAUGAUGAUGAUGAUGAUGAUGAAGGUGAAAAUUAAUUAAAGUUUCUGCCUGUCCCGGUGUCAUUUCCUAUGGGAAAAGAUAAAUCCAAGGGGUGGAUUUUGGGGGAAAACCAGAGAAAAUUGGGGCUGGGAAGGGAAACUCACAACUCUGCCGUGUGGCCGGAAUUUUCCCAAAAAUCUCCUUUUUCUCCCUAAAUAUCUGCAUGGAGCAGUUGGGAAGUGCCAAGGUCACCUCCCGGUUCCUCCUCUGCUCUUUGCCCAAUUCCAGCACUUCUCACCCCAAAUCAAAUACAGUUUUUCCAACAUCCAUAAAAUCUUACUUUCCUCUCA